UUGUUAGUGAAGCGGGUCAACCCGACCCGUCCCACUUGGUCUUCACGUUUCAAAAACAAUUCCACUCCCCUCAAAGACCAAACUAUUUUUCCUGUCAAAGCAACUUCACCACCGUGAGACUGCAACUGCUCCACCACUGUCAUUGUUCCCCUUUCUUGGCUUCUUUCAGAUUUUCAGUUUUCUUAGAACUUCUAUCUUCAGUUGAUCUCUUGAUUCUUGCCGCGUGUAAAAGGAACAGAAAAGGGAGUGAUCAUGGGUUACGCACAGUUAGUUAUUGGCCCUGCAGGCAGUGGAAAGUCCACUUACUGCUCUAGUUUGUAUCAACACUGUGAGACCACACGACGCACAAUCCAUAUUGUGAACCUAGAUCCUGCUGCAGAGAACUUUGACUAUCCAGUGGCUAUGGACAUCAGAAAUCUUAUCUCGCUGGAUGAUGUUAUGGAAGAACUUGGUCUCGGACCAAAUGGUGGCCUUAUGUAUUGCAUGGAACAUCUUGAAGAAAAUCUGGAUGACUGGCUAACAGAAGAGUUGGAGAACUACUUGGAUGAUGAUUACCUAGUGUUUGACUGCCCAGGCCAGAUUGAACUUUUCUCACAUGUUCCUGUGCUGAAGAACUUCGUGGAGCACUUAAGGCGUAAAAAUUUUAAUGUUUGUGUCGUAUAUUUACUUGAUUCCCAGUUUAUUACAGAUGUGACCAAAUUCAUAAGUGGUUGUAUGGCUUCACUCUCUGCUAUGGUUCAACUUGAACUACCCCAUGUUAACAUUCUGUCGAAGAUGGAUCUUGUGACAAACAAAAAGGAAAUUGAGAAUUACUUGAAUCCAGAGCCUCAGCUAUUACUGGCAGAGUUGAAUCAGCGAAUGGCUCCACAAUUUCAAAAGCUUAACAAAUCAUUGAUUGAAGUGGUGGACCAGUACAGCAUGGUGAGCUUUCUCCCUCUUGACCUGAGAAAAGAGAGCAGCAUACAGUACAUCUUAUCUCAGAUUGACAACUGCAUUCAGUAUGGAGAGGAUGCUGACGUAAAGGUUAAAGAUUUUGACGAAGAGGAGGACGAUUAAAAGUUAAUAUUUCUUGACUCGUUAACAUCAACAAGCUCUAGGGAGGCAAUGCUGUGGUGGGUGGUGAAAGUGUAUUAACAAGUGUCUAUUGUGAGACUUACCUUUUUUGAGCUUUUACCUCGUGAAAUUACAUCAUCUGCUGAUUAAGUUGCUUUUGCAUUAUAAUUAUCCCCCAAAACAUUUUUGAGGUAACAAGACUUCUUAGUCCUGGUACAAAUCACAGCUUGUUGGA